AUGAAGGUUUCGACUAUUUCUCUGAUCGCCUCCACGCUUUUCGCGGUGGCCAGUGCCGGCCCUCUCACCCUCCUCAAGAGAAACUCCCGGUGGAACUACCAAACAGAUAAGAUCUACGGUGUCAACAUCGGAGGAUGGCUCGUGUUGGAGCCCUACAUCACUCCCUCCUUGUUCGAGGCCGCUUCCGAAACCUCGGAAGUGCCUGUGGACGAGUGGCAUUACACACAGGCUCUUGGCAAGGACGAGGCAGAGUCCCGGUUGCAAGAGCACUGGUCCACGUGGAUAACUGAAACAGAUUUCGAGUACAUUGCCGCUGCUGGCCUCAACUUUGUGCGGUUGCCUAUUGGGUACUGGGCGUUCCAGCUUGCGGACGGCGACCCAUACGUUCAGGGCCAGGUCGAGUAUCUGGACAAGGCUUUGGAGUGGUGUGGAAACCACGGACUUAAGGCCUGGAUUGACCUGCACGGUGCUCCGGGCUCUCAGAACGGGUUCGACAACUCUGGCCGUCGCGGAGAAAUUAGCUGGCAAAACACCACCGGCUACGUGGACCUGACCGUGGACAUUCUGGACCAGAUCACCACGAAAUACGCCGGCUCCAAGUACGCGGACGUGGUGAUUGGCAUCGAGCUGCUAAACGAGCCGUUGGGCUCGGAACUCAACUUUGACGAGCUCGUGGACUUCUACAACAAGGGCUACGAGCUCGUGAGAAACCACGGCGACGCUCCGGUGAUCAUCCACGACGCGUACUUGCCAGACCACACGUUCGACAACGUGCUCAACACCGAGCAGGACCCCAAUGCCUGGGACGUGGUGGUGGACCACCACCAUUACCAGGUGUUUGACGUUGGUUCUUUGCAGCAGACGAUCGACGAGCACGUCAAGACGGCCUGUGGCUGGGGCUGGUCCGAAAACACAGAGUUCCACUGGAGCUUGUGCGGAGAGUGGACUGCUGCUCUCACCGACUGCGCCAAGUGGCUCAACGGCGCCAACAGAGGAGCAAGAUACGACGCCACGUUCUCCAACACAGAAUAUAUCGGCUCGUGCAACCAGCUGUACACGGCUGACGACAGCUACUUCACCGACGACGUGGUGGCCAACUAUAGAAAGUACGUGGAGGCACAGAUGGACUCGUUCUUGUACGGCAAGAACGCCGGCUGGGUGUUCUGGUGCUGGAAGACCGAAAACACCAUCGAGUGGGAUUUCCAAAGACUCUUGGGCUUGGGCAUCAUUCCUCAACCACUGGACGAUAGACAGUAUCCUAACCAGUGUGGUUUUGAGUGA